CUCGCCGUUUUUAUUCAUUUAAAAUUUUUAUCAAGUUGAUAUAAUACAUGGUUUUACUUUAAUAGUUUUUUUGAAGAUCCGACAGAGGAGAGCGACUAAUGUUAAAUCAGUGAUAGUUUAUUUGUUAUAUUAUGUUUGUGAAGACCCCUCCAAGCUCCAUUCUGACACGUUCUUGAGACGCCAUGUUUGUCACGUUUUUGCUAGUUGUGAAUUUAUUUGCCCAAAAAUUUCACAUUUAGUAGUUUUUUGCAAGCUAUAAGCAAGUGUCAUAAAUUUUAUUCACAAUGAGUAGCGUCUUCUCGAAGAACAAGGGGAAGCGGUCCCGAACAUCAUCUGGAGAAUCUAACAAUUCGUUCGUAAAGAAUGUGACGUCACGGGUAUCGGGUUUGCUGCCAGCGACUAUAACAAAAUGGUUCAGCAGCCCUCGCUCGAGCGCCAACGGUUCGGCAGGCGGUGCGGACGCGACGGACUCGUCGACGGAGGACGAGGGCACGGAGAGCCCCGUGCAGCCACCGAACAAGAGGAUGCGGCGAGAAGAACGCUCAUUCGAGAGUGCUGACGCGAGUUGCGUCACAAACAACAUUGAGACAAUAGAGUCGUCCACCCAAUACACAGUUCAAUCGCCGCCCGGCCGGACAACCUUCCGGCGGGAGACCAACUUCGUGUCGACACCCAUCAGGAUGGAUGACACCACUGCCACGGUAGACCGGACCACGGUAGACCGGACCACAGUAGACCGGACUACGGUAGACCGGACCACGGACCGGACCGACAAGGACUCGACGGUCACCUUCACUCAGAACACGACGGCGGCCUCUAUAGGCCUCAGUGCUUCCAGAAAGAGGAAAUCCCUGUUCAGGGAUAAGACGCAGGAGUUGAGCGACGCUACUCAAAAGGCUUACGCGAAAACAUCCAGCAACACACUCCGGGACCCGCGGCAGCCGACCUUCAAGCCCACGCUCCUCGGCUCGCCAUUCUACGCCGGCAAGACCACGUACGGCGGCGCCGCGUCCUCCUACAUCAACCAGCCGAAUAUAUCGCAGAGACAGAACACCACAGUCAAAGAGGCGCCCAGCACUAGUGAUAAUAACAUGAGUACGUCCGCGAGGCGGAUCCUGGAGCUCCUAGAGUCGUACUCCUCACCUCUGAUGGACGCCAAGAGGAUACCGCACUACACCAGGCCGACGAGGCAAGAAGUGUUGAAGCGGCACUCGGAAAGCUCCUCACUUAGUUUGUUGUCGCCGUACAACAAAACAAAUUCCUACAAAACGCAAGAGCUGCACGUGCCAAGCAUAGCGUCGAUCCUGCGGCUGAAGCAGCGGUCGCGCCUCAACGACUCCACCAACGCGGCGCGCCAGCUCGUCGCCUCGCACAGUAGCUCUUCGCCAGACUACUUGCCCUACCCGAGUACUUCCAAAAACGUUAGAGACCUGUCAGAGGUUGAUGGUAACAGUAAGUUCACUACUAAAGUGAAGACGAAGCGGACCAGGAUUCAUGGAAAUGAAGCUAACGCCUUAGAAACCGAAACUAUCACUCCCGUGGAAUUGCCAAAAGCAGUUUUACAAAUUGAUCCUAACAAUUUACCAAAUUUCAGCAUCCCGGUAUCCUCUAAACCGAGCUCGUUAGGUAAACAUACUCUAACGACGCCAUUCGCCAUUAGUACGUCCACACCUAAAACCACCGCUGCCGAUAAAAGUAAGUCGGCAACAACUACUAGCAACAGUAUUUACAAUUUUGCUAAUCCAGUGAGAAUAACUAGUGAAACUCCCAAGCCGACCUCAACGCCUCCCAAAUUCACAUUCGGUAGCCCAGAAAGAAGUAUAGACAAACCUCUCGUUAGCGAAAAGACUUCUGAGCCUUCAAUAAUUUUAGGUGCGCCAAAAGAGAGCGAAAAGAAAACUGAGAAGGCGGCGGCCGACUGGAACUGCCCAGACUGCUGGGUGAAGAAUAAAUCGGACGCGGCCGCCUGCGUGUGCUGCGGGCACAAGCACCAAGCCGCGGCCGCGCCCGCCGCGCCCGCCAAGUGCUCCCUCUGCAAACUCGCCAACAGCCAACCAGACUCCGACAAGUGCGUCAACUGUGCGAAAGUCCAGGUCAACAACAUCGCCAAGCCUCUCAAGGCGGACACCGCCGCCAAGUGGUCCUGCAAGGACUGCUGGGCCAGCAACGACGACGCUUCCGCCAAGUGCGCCUGCUGCGGCGCGGCCAACCCCAAGAAACAGGCCACGCAAACCGUGCCCGUUGUGGAGAAAUCCGGGGGCAUGUGUUCCAAAUGUUUCUCUACCAAAAAUAGCGACGGAACUUGCAGAAAAUGUGCAGAAAGCAAACCUGACAAUUCAUUCAAGAUUGUGCUAAAAUCGCAGGCCAACAAGUGGGAGUGUGAACACUGCUUGGUUAGGAACGACAGUGAUAAAACCAAAUGUGUCUGCUGCGAGGCGGAGCGGGCCGGAGCUCCCAAGCAGCCGGAGAAGAAGCAAUUCAACUUCGGAACCGUAAACACUACUUUCAAAUUUGGCAUUGAUCCAAAAGUUCAGGAAGCUAACUUGGCUAAGAUCUCGGAAAAACCUGUAGAAACAGAUAAAGUAGAAGAAUCAGAAACCAAUAAUAACGUGCUAGCGAAAGCGCCACCAACGUUCUCUUUUGGUAUUCCGGCCAAGAAAUCCGAGGAUCAGCCUGACACUCCAAAGGCGGAAAAGACAGCCGAGACUCCUAAAGCCACCUUCACCUUUGGCAUUCCUAAACAGAAUUCAUUACCGCCAACCAGCACGCCCGCGCCUAUGUUCGGGUUCUCCAAUAAACAGACUGAAGCUUCUAAGGAACCUGAAAAGAAAGAUAAACCUGAAGAAACGCAGAAACCUGUCGUUAAUGAUAAACCCGAGGAAGCGAAACAGGCAAAUGAGCCAGCUAAGCCACCCGUUAUGAUGUUUGGAGCUGCCCCAUUGGCAGACAAGUCUACGGCGAAUCAGCUACUCAGUACAGCGUUUACUGUAAAGAAGGACGCCCCGAGCGCAUCACUCAGUUUGGCUACCACGAGUACGCCUGCUCCUAUCCUGACUUUUUCGGCUCCGACGACCAGACUAGGCGAGAAGACCGGUCUCUUUGGCGUCGCUGCUACCUCCGCGCCCGCGACCACCAUAUCUUUCGCACCAACGACCACAGCCACGGCCACCUCCGCUUUAUCUAUGUUCCAGAAGACUGACGAAAAAUCUUUAAAUACAAUUUUCCAAAAGAGUGAACCGUCGACGACGGCCCCGACCUCUUUGUUCCCAAAGAGCGACUCGUCCGCGGCGUCCGUCGCCGCGUCGGCCGCGACAGCCGCGACUGCGCCCGCGCCCGCGCCCGCCGCAGCGCCCAUGUUCAGCUUUGGUAGCUCUCAAGCGCAAUCGGCUGAGAAACCUAGCUUUAACUUCACAUUUGGUAGUAGUAAUAAAUCUGACGUGUUCAAACCGCCAACUUUUGCGGCGAAGGACAGCACCAAAUUUUCACUCGGAGGCUCUUCGACGGAAAAUCCUUUAGCGCCCAAUCCUUUGGCCGGAGGCAACGGGCUCUCGGCAACUAACAAUUUGGCCAGCAAUGCAUUAGGGGGCAACGGUUUAUCGGUUAAUCCUCUAGCAGUGGGCUUGUCGCCCGGAAACGGGCUAUCUGCGCCUGCCCCCAGCAUUUUCGGGUCGGCAAUCCCGAAGGAAAACUCGUGGACUCCGCCAAAUAAUAGCGCGGCGAAUCCGUUCAAUGCGAACGCGACCACGAAUAGCGCGCCUAAACCUUUUUCGUUCGGAUCGUCGACGCCGUUCAGCGGGACGCCAGCGCCGGCAUUUGGCACGAACAACACGCAGACAUCGACGCCGGCGUUCGGAAGCAACCUGGCAACGUCGCCGCCAGCGUUCGGGGCGGCCGCUCAGCCGGCGGCGGCGCCAGCCUUCGGCGCGUCUCAAACCGCAGCGACGCCCGCUUUUGGAUCUAAUGUCCAGUCUACGCCUAAUAUCUUUGGAAUGCCUAGUCAGAACAGCCAGCCGUCCAUAUUCUCUACGCCGAACCAGAAUUCGACGGGGAUGUUCGGGUCGCCGUCGCAGCCCGCUCAGCCGCCCUCGCUCGGCAUGUUCGGGCGGCCGAACGUGGGCGCCACGCCAACGUUCGGAACACCGAACCCCUCCAUACCCACCUUCGAGGCGCCGUCGGUGCCCGCCCCGGCGCCUUCCUUCAACUUCGGCACGCCACAAUCUUCCUCUUUCAUGUUUGGACAACAGCCGCAGCAGCAGGCCCAGCAGCCGCAGACGGGCGUGUACAACUUCGGCGCCGCGGGCGGACAGACGCAGGUGCAGUUCAGCAUGGGCAGCGCGCCCGCCGGCGUGCGCCGCGUGCGUCGCGGCGUGCGGCGCAGCUCGCAGCGAUGAGCACCGCAAGACCCCGGCUGAUCGACUCACCGGUAGUGUUUGGCAACACCUCGAGUCAUCACACUCGACUCAGUUAGGACAAGUCGUGAACUUGACAUUUUGGCGGAAUAUCUUCAACUUACUUAUAAUUAUGGUUUACAUUCAAUGUGACUUUUUUAUGUUUUUUUGUUCUAAACUUGUAUAAUUAACAAGACUAUUAGGACUCGAAUUCUUUUGAAUCAUACUCAAAAAGACUGAAAAAUGACUCUACUCCCACGCUAAUAAAAAUAUUUGAGUCUUUGAAGUGUCUUAAAAUUGUGUCGAUUUCAACAAAGGCUCAAAAUACUCGAGUUCUUACCAACUCUAACGACCGGUGCCGGCACUGCUCGGCUUCGUUGUUAAAAUUACAAUUAAACCAAAUGGGAAAAAUUUAACUUCAAAAUUGUAAUAAUAUUUUGUAUAACUUUGCAUUUUGAAAUUAAUUAUUCCUGUUCGGAUUUGUACUAUAUUUCUUGUCGGAAUUAUGAUGUCAUUGAUGUCAGUCCCCGAUUUGACCAAACUGGAUGAGCCAGUAGCCGGCGACUGACGUCAUUCACUUUGCCGAUAUUUAGUUUAAUUAUAUGUUAGGUAUUUUAUUUAGACGAUUGUUUUCUUUAGUAACAAAACUGCACAAAAGACGAUGUUGGUUUCGAGCUUUUGAGCGGUUUGCCCGUAUUGUUUUAGAUAUGCUAUUGAUCUUCGUUUGCUUUAGCUACUUUGUUCAAUAAUUAUAUUGUUUUUUUACUGAAAUGUUUUCGCCGGACGUGUAAACUUGUUUAUUAAUUGACGUGUACAUGUCAUGUGAUACGUGUAUUACUGUAACAGAAUGCUUAUGCGAUUACUUGCGAUGUGUGAAGUUUGUCAUGUCUAAAGAUUUUAAAGGCCUGGUUUAAUAUUACUCAAUCUAUCAUUGUACAGUUUGAUAAGUGUUCGCGAAGAAAAAACGUCAGGCGGUCUAGCACAACUUGCGAUCUAGCCCGCUAGUCCAUACUUGAAGUGACGUUUGAUGAAUGGACUCGCGUUGUGCUAAGCCGCCAGAGGUCCUUAUAUGAUUAGGUGCCAUAGUAAUGUUAAAUGUUCCUCAAUAAAUUUCUUUACUGAAUAAAUAAAAUAAUAACGGGAUAGAUAGAUUUGACAAACUUUAUGCUUGUGUGGAUGAUUUGAGUUGAGUACUAAUUGUAAUUUCAAAAUACUGGAUUUUUAUUGAAACUAGAAUACGAUCAAACGUGUAGCUUCGGUAUGUAAAAGCAAGUUUUGUAUCAAAAAGUAUGAAUUAAAAAAAAUCAAAUAUAGGGAAUAUGUAAAUUGCAAUGCCUUCUAGUACAACCGGUUGUAUAAGGUUUAAGCCGCUUCGAUUACAUACUGUCGAUACGGUGAGACAUAGUUUGCACAUAGAAAAUAUAUUGUAAUAAAUAGCUGCCAGUACGUGGUUGACGUAUCAACCGAUAUUGUAUUUAGUGCGGCCAUCUUGCCUCGCAUCUGUAUUCAAAAUGGCGUCUUUAGCAGCGUUGUCAGGGCUAUAGAACAGGGUCUCCCAAUCUUUUACGUCGAGCCUUGCCUGGUAGCAGCAAUACUUCUAUGUAUAUCCCUUAAUUUUAUUGUUAAAAUAACAGGAUAAAUUAUGGCCAAUAUUCUUUUUUAAAAGACAUGAGCCUUAACUGAUUUGAUAAACUUAUUACUUAUCUAUUACAAAAACCCUAAAAAAAUUAGAGCCUCUCGAAGUACAUGGUAGUAAGAAGACAAAUCGUUUUUAACAAUGAAAUUAACAUAAAUCCACUAUAUCUGUUUUCGGGCGCAACCCACCUCGCAGGUUGGGAAUCCUGCUAAAGAAGCAUUGUAUAUUUAUCGAAUAGUCGACGACAGCCUAAGAUCGAAGGUAUCCUAAAUUUCUAUGUCAAUAAAUGUCUUAAUAUACAUAUUAUUAAAUUACUUUGGCUGUCACCAACCACCGAGGUUGACUCGCAAAUUUUUAUAAUGAACGAAUUUAAGCAUCAAAAUUAAGUGUAGGUAAUCGAAUCACCAAACCCUUAACUCCUUUGCAAAAUUGGACAUAGGUGUGUAGAAACAAGCACUUGCACUUAUCUGGUAGACAUACUAAUGUAUACUAAUCUAAAACUCCGCAUACUUUCACGUAAAAUAGGCAAUAGUUGUCGGUUUAUGGAGAAUGCUCAGUAAAACUAACGCCACAUUGUUGUCGCCUGAUAGAAGUUUCUUGACCUAGGUUUAUCCUAAACACUGACAAGGCGUCAACAUAACUUUUCAUUAGCUGACCUGUUUUAUUCACUAGAGUGAGUAAUCUGAUUAUUUGUUUUGCGUAGUCCUGUUGUUUUUUGUGGACUGACUUCCGCGUUCCGCGAUAUAACUUAGUUAUAAAAUAAGGAUAUCAAACUAACCACUAGCCUUUGUAAAUUUUAUGAACGGUAACUACGUUGUCCAGUGCAAUUUUUUUUACUCGUCCAUAGUGUUUAGUUUUUAUAGAACAAAAGUAGGUAAUUCAUUGUCUAAUUGACCUAUACUUGUGUAGCGAAAUAAGAAAGGAAUAUUUUUCUAGAAACUUACAACGGAAUUCCGCUAGUUAUCAUAUUUCUAUAUGUGAUCAGUUUUAUUUAAGGCUGCGUCAUCUUCAAACGAUUCGUCUUCGGUUGUGAUGUGAGGUAUGCAUGUUAGCCCAACUUCAUUGACGCCAAGCGGUUAUGAAGCUUAUUGUACGAUUCUAGUGAUUAAGUAUUUUUUAUUAAAUGCGUUAAUUUAUUGUUUUACGUCAAUGACUGAAAUUUAGAUGUAGGAUAUUGCCAGUGCCACUUUUAAAAGUGAUUCUUCCUAGUAGAAACAUCUACAAAAAGCGACAGAAGACGAAUCAACUGAAGUUGCCAGUUCGAAGAACAUUAGAAUAGGCAUGUUGCCAAAUUUUUUUGACAGGUAUUUAGAAUUUAUUAUAAAACCAGGGUGUCCACUUUCUGGAAAGUCAGGGAAAGUCAGGGAAAAGUCAGGAAAGCUCAUAGUGGUCAUGGAAAGUCAGGGAAAGUCAGGGAAAUGAUUUGGAGGUCAGGGAAA